AGAACAGUGACCGGACGAGGUUGAAAUCAGAAAAGUGGAGGAGAAAAAAAAAUCUCACGGAGGCUCGCGGAUAAUACAGGGUUUAUUCACCUGCGUCGUCAGAAAGGACAAAACGAAGACCGCCACCGCUAGUAGACCUUCUGGAAGGACGGCCCCACCGUGCCAUCGCCACCAUUCAAACGUCCCCCACCCGCGCCUCCUUUAUAAACGCUCAGUCCUCAUUCCCCUCCCAUCCCCCCGGGCCCCGGUUCUCCCCGCGCCACACAAAAGCGUCGUCGGAAAAGGUCGCGGCGGCAGCCAUGGAGGUGAGAAUCCUCCAGCCAAAAGAGAGAGAAGGUCCCGGCGACGCCUCCGUAGGUGGACCGCAGACGGGCGCGCCCGCGCCGCCGCCGGUGCCGGUGCCGGUGCCCCGCGACGCCGACGAGGACGUCGCUCCCGUCCCGCUUUCCUCCGGCGAGGAGACGUCGUCCGACGAGGGGGAGUUCGAGUUCCCGUUCGUCAACAGGGACUCCCCCGCGGGCACCGCCGCGCCUGCCGACGAGCUGUUCGCGGACGGGCGGAUCAGGCCGUUCUACCCGGUGUUCGGGCGCGGCGUCGGCGGAUGUGUCGUCCAUGCGGCUGGCAUACACGACGGCACGGCGCGCUCCGCUCCGGCGGCGGCGCCGCGGGUGAGGGGCCAGCUAGGGCGGCUCUUCCUAGAGGAGACCCGCGCGCGCAGCUCGUCGACCAGCUCCACUGCGUCAUCGGCGUCGUCCGCGGCGGCGGACGACGACAGGGACGGCCUGGAGGGCGCGGCGCCGGAGAGCUACUGCGUCUGGAGGCCGGGCUCCGGCUCCUCCGCCCCGGCGUCGCCCUCCCUGCGCCCUCCCAGGAAGAGCGGCUCCACGGGGUCCAUGGCGCGCUGGCGCCGCAUCAGCGACCUCGUCGUGGGACGCAGCCACAGCGACGGCAAGGAGAAGUUCAUCUUCUUCGCCACGCCGCAGCACGAGGCGCCCAACAAGGACAAGCCCCCCAAGCCCAAACCCACUCCGCCGGCCAGCAGGAAGCCCACCCCCACCACUGCAGAGGUCGACACGGUGACCGCCGCCCACCGGAUAGCCUACCUCGCCAAGGGCGGCGGAACCGGCGGCGGCGCCGUCCCGAGCGGCACGCCGCGCCGCACGUUCCUGCCGUACCGGGAGGAGCUCGUGGGCUUCUUCGCCAACGUGAACGGCGUCAGCCGGAGCCACCAGCAUCCCUUCUGACUUCUCGCACGCGGACAAAUUAUUCAGUCCUGCGGAUUCGAAACUUGAGCAUUGAGUUUGGGGUUUGGAAUCAUCUCGAUCGGUCAAAAGUUCUAGUACUUACUAUAUGUCUAUGUGUGAUUAGGGCUGGUUAUUGUUAAUGACGGGGUUAAGAAUUGAUCACCACUGGGAGACUUGGGAUGUGAGAACAGUAAGAAUCAGCCGGGAGAUGAUGGCUUGUGGCCUUUUUCUCUCGACCAAGUGUGAACGCCUACGGGUGGCGUGAGGAGCGCCAUAAUUAAUCGGGCAUUAAUCUGCGACGGAGCCCCCCUGUUUGCCUGUUUGGUUUGCAAAUUUUCAGCUAAUCGAACAGUUCGCUCUCGUGCAAUCAA